CGUGCAUUUCCACUCGUAAAGAACUUCUCAAACAGCAUGGAUGAUCGACGAAUCUUCUGCCUUCUGAUCCCCCUCUUGGUGUUCCUUGCUUUCGAAGUUCAAAAUGCCCACUCGCAGACGCUUCUGUUAGGGGCUUGCCCUAACCCACCUGUGCAGCAGAACUUUUCCGCCCAAGACUUCUUAGGUCGUUGGUAUGAGGUGGAGAGAACUUUUGUCAUGGCAGAAGUCGGAUGGAGAUGCAUUUCCGUGGAUUAUAAGGAAGAAAGUGGAAGAAUUCGUGUCGAAACGGCUGGUACUGCAGUAGUUAGAAGAGUAAUGACUGCUGUCGCAACAUUCUCACCUAACAGCCCAGCACGAAUUAUCCUUAGAGGGGAAGGAUCCCUACCGACGCAGAGUACCAACUAUGUCUUGUUUACGGAUUAUGAAAAUGUGGCUGUAGUGUGGUCCUGCAGAAAUGUGGAGCCUCCAAUUCCAAUAACAGGCUUUGAUUUCUUACGAAAUUUCACUCAUACGGAAAACUUGUGGAUUUUAUCACGAAAAAGGAAACUUGAUCCAGAACUUAAGGAACAUAUCUACAGUUUCUUGGAUAAUAACGCCAUCAACAGACGUAGCUUGAGAGCAGUUCCCCAGGAAAAUUGCCAAAGUUCCGACACCACCACAUGAGGAACUUGGAAAUGAAAGUCGAAGUUUUUCCCAACGAUAAUUUAAAACAAUCUUCUUUAUUGUGAAAUUUGUCAGUGUUAUGUCCUGUUAAAUACUUUGUUAAAUUAUUAUUCUUCAUUUCUGUGUAACAUCUGCUGGCAGAUGAAAAACUAACUUAAUAAAAACUUUAUUUAAUAUACUAAA